GCUGUUUUUGGCGGGCUGCGGCGCGAGGCGCGGGUGCCCGCGCGGUCCGAGCGCCCGGGGCAGCCAUGACCCACGUCUGGGAGAAGGAUCACCUCUGGCUCUACUUGCUGGCCCUGGGCUUCGACCCGAACAAAUGCCCCAAGGACGUGAACGUGGGACGGAACAUGUUUGAUAAACCAAACCCCAAAGCAUUUGCUGUCGUUGCCCUCUUCUUGUUUACUAAGCUGGAUAAGGACCGUGCACAAGAAACUUUUCGGAAUUAUGUGUUGGGAAUGGAAGCCAAUCUUCAAUUUAGGAAGCAGUGCUGUAACUGGCUAGGAGAAAUUUCACAUCCAGGGCAAAGCCGUCUUCCAAAGAUUACGCCUUCAUCACUGCUUUCUCCUGCUGGUCCUAAAUUUGUUCACUUAGUCUACUCGUUUGCAAGAUAUGUGAUGAUUGAGGACGUGAAAAAGUUCUCUGUAGGCACUUGUAUACCUUUUGCUGAAGCUGUAACGUUGAGACCUGAGGACAUGUACAUUGCAAAAGCAAGACAUAGAGUUGGAUAUAAUAAACUGCUGCAAAUUCUUCAAAAGGAAGACAUUGUUAUUCGAGAAUAUGGGAAAAAAGCACAGGUUUUAGUUAAAGAAAUAGAAGAGACAGAGUCUGAAUAUGCAGUUAUGCAGAUACAGUCUUUGAGGGUGAAACAAAAUGACCAAAACAAAAGUGACACAGUUGAGAGAAUUGAAAAGGUCCGCAGUAUGUGGACACUUAUAAUGGAAAUGCUUACAUCUCUGGAAAAGGAUAAGGAAGUUGUGGAUUCUAUACUUGAAAAUUGUGCGCAUCAGUGUAUUUUAGAUGGAACUGAUGUUGUUUUGAGCAUUCCAGGGUUGCUGGCUCGCAGAAUUGAAAGUGAUGAAAGUUUUACAGAAAAUGUAUAUGAAGAUGGAAAAUUGAAGUUCUUAGCAGUCAUGCACGUGUUAAAUGAAACCUUGAGGAUGCUGAGAAAUGAACACUGUCAGUCUGAAUUAAAAGAACUUCACAGGAUUGAGAACAUGGUUAAAUCUUGCAAUAAAUUAUUACAGAAUUUGAACACAAAGAGGCUAGAAAGAGAGCAUCAACAUUGUGUGUCAGUGUGUGAAUCUAUUUCUAGAAGAGAGGAAGACUGGGAAAUGAAGUGGAAAACAUUUCUUGGCCAUCAUCCUUUUAAUUCAAUCUUUAAAGAGGAUCGAGAACGUAGUUCAACAGCUUCACCACCCCAGUCUCCUAGUCUUCCAGAAGAAGAUAAAGAGAGUGACCUUCAUCAAUAUCUAGCAUCAAUUUCAGGUAUUUUUGACUCUCUUAAUAAAGAACGUUGUGAGAAAGAUGAGGGAGGUUUGGAAACUAUGAUGGAUAAGUCAUCAUCACCACCAAAAUGGUAUGCUUAA